AAGAAAGCCCCCGAGCGGCGCCUGCCGGAAGGGGAAGGGCAGUUAACUGGUUUCCUGGCGACGCUGCUGUGCUGGCGGCUUCUUGCCCCGCAAUUUGUGCUUUCUCUUCCUGACGCGCGUGUGUUGGCCAUGCCUUCCCUGCUCUCAACCCCCAAGCUGGUUCCCGUUAUAGCAAGACUCCGCUGCCUCUCAGGAUGCAUGUCAUGUUUACAUCGAAGGUACUCCCUCCAGUCUGUGCCGAAGAAAAAGAUUCCAAAUCGGUACUUAGGCCAGCCCAGCCCAGUUACACAUCCACACCUCCUCAGACCAGGGGAGGUGACACCAGGACUAUCUCAAGUGGAAUAUGCACUUCGAAGACACAAAUUGAUGGAUCUGAUCCACAAGGAAGCACAGGGGCACAGUGGAGCAGACCACACAGUGGUGGUACUCUCUAACCCUACGUACUACAUGAGCAAUGACAUCCCCUACACGUUCCACCAAGACAACAAUUUCCUGUAUCUCUGUGGAUUCCAAGAGCCUGAUAGCAUUCUGGUUCUUCAGAGUUGCUCUGGGAAGCAGUUACCAUCCCAUAAGGCCAUGCUUUUUGUGCCUCGAAGAGACCCUGGUCGAGAACUGUGGGAUGGUCCUCGGUCUGGCACGGAUGGAGCAAUAGCCCUAACUGGGGUGGAUGAAGCCUACACCCUGGAAGAAUUUCAGCACCUACUACCUAAACUGAAAGCUGAGACGAGCAUGGUUUGGUAUGACUGGAUGAAGCCUUCUCAUGCACAGCUUCACUCUGACUACAUGCACCAUCUGACUGAAGCCAAAGCCAGGAGCAAGAACAAGGUUCGGAGUGUCCAGCAGCUGAUACAGCGCCUCCGGCUAGUUAAAUCUCCUGCAGAGAUUAAGAGAAUGCAGAUUGCUGGGAAACUGACGUCAGAGGCUUUUGUAGAGACCAUGUUUGCCAGUAAAGCGCCAAUAGAUGAAGCCUUUCUUUAUGCAAAGUUUGAAUUUGAAUGCCGGGCCCGAGGUGCAAACAUCUUAGCCUACCCACCUGUGGUUGCAGGCGGUAACCGCUCCAACACUUUGCACUAUGUGAAGAAUAAUCAGCUCAUCAAGGAUGGUGAAAUGGUGCUUCUUGAUGGAGGUUGUGAAUCUUCCUGCUAUGUGAGUGACAUCACCCGGACAUGGCCUGUCAAUGGCAGAUUCACCGCACCUCAAGCAGAGCUCUAUGAAGCUGUUCUAGAGAUCCAGAGAGCGUGUUUGACACUGUGCUCCCCUGGGACAAGUUUGGAGAACAUCUACAGCAUGAUGAUGACCCUGAUGGGACAGAAGCUUAAAGAUCUGGGGUUCAUGAAGAGCAGCAAAGAAAAUGCCUUCAAGGCUGCUCGGAAAUACUGCCCUCAUCAUGUUAGCCAUUACCUUGGAAUGGACGUCCAUGACACUCCAGACAUGCCUCGUUCACUCCCUCUACAGCCUGGCAUGGUGAUCACAAUUGAACCAGGCAUUUAUAUUCCAGAAGAUGACAGAGAUGCGCCAGAGAAGUUUCGAGGUCUUGGAGUACGGAUUGAGGAUGAUGUCGUGGUGACUCAGGACUCACCUCUUAUCCUUUCUGCAGAUUGUCCCAAAGAGAUGAGUGACAUUGAACAGAUCUGCAGCAGGACCUCUUGACCACCACUGUAGCUGUUACCUCUCAGGUCCAAGGCUGGCAUCUGUGCCUGUGCAUGUAGUCAGUGUCUUUGUGGGGGAUUAGACCCAGGUUCCUUGGGGAGUGCACAGCUCUAUGAGUGAUGUCCCUGUAUAUAAGGACAUUUUCACGCUAAGUAGUUGAUAAUCUGGAAAGGUGAACUCUGGAACAAUCUGUUACUAGGACUUUAGCAACAUUAAUCUGAAAAGUUAAUGGCCCAGGUUUAACUUGUGAAUGUAAAGUACGGUUUUAGUUGUGUGUGCCCAUGCAUUCCAAAUCCAUUUGGCAAAACCUUCUCUUCAAGCUCUUCCCUCCCUGCACUUCUGCUGAGAUCCACUUAGUAGCCUAAGAUGCUUGUGAGAUGCCUGUAUCUUCACUCUUAACCAAAGUUUCUGCCAGUACUUAUCUUCCAUGAUCUCUGCCUCCCCAGCCAAGUUCUCCACAUCUACUAGGACCUCUCAGGCUCAGGGAACACAGGUGUCCUGCAGUCUUUCCAUUCAGCCAGGGUACAGCAGCACCAGCCAGUGAACAAGAGUCUUGGGUCUUUCCUGCCAUUUGGGUGCGCAGCAGCACCUGGAAAGUGUCUAGGUUCUUCUAAGGAAGAAAAUGAAAAAUAAAGGAAAAUAUCUGCGUGUCCCCAAAGAUCCAAGGCUUGAGCUAUGUUUUCUUCAAUUUAAAGGAGAUUCUUUUUCAAAUGUCCACCUUCCUGUCCUUCAUAGAUUCUUUUCUUAGACAAAAUGUCACUGUGUGCCUCAGAUCCCUCAGAGGUCGCUUUCCUUUGUGACAGGCUCUUAAUGUAGCUGAGGCUGGCCUCAAACUACUGAUCUUCCUGCACCCUGCCCACAUUUAUAGGGUUUUUGUGGUUUUUUGUUUGGUUGUUUUUUUUCAAGACAGAAUUUCUCUGUGUAAUAGCUCUACCUGUCCUGGAACUCACUCUGUAGACCAGGCUGGCCUCAAACUCAGAGAGAUCUGCCUGUUCUGCCUUUAGAGUGCCAGGAUUAAAGGUGUGCACCAAGUGAUCCACUUCUUACUCUAAACUAGGGAUGCAAAGGCAAAAAGUCAUGUUUCUUUCCCUAAACACAUCAUCAGGUUCAGUUGUACAACCCAGCUUGCAUGGUGAGCAGGGCAGGAUUGGAUUCAUACAAAUGCUUUAUUCAAAAGCUUAUGUGACAGAGGGAAGCCCUAACAGCUAGUAUGUUGACUUCUUUUAAAUCUGAGCAUGUGCAUAAUACAGACAGACUGCACCCGGGCAUAGUAGUUCACACCUAUCAUUAUAGCACAUACAAAACUGAAGCAGGAGGAUUGCUAUAGCCUAGGCUACAGGGUAAGACCCUGUUUCAAAAACGAAAAUAGUAGUGUUACAGAGACUGCAAGUAGAAAGUCCUGCCCACUCUAUUGUGUUCCUGCAGAUCAUAUGUAAAGCAUAGUGAGGUCCUCCACCAGUCCAAAUAGAAGCUUAGCCUCCUUUAUAACUGUGUGCCCAGAAACUCCUGCCAAUUAAAAUGAGUUGGGAUUUGAGUUGGAGCCAUUGCCACCACUAACAGACAGUAAAUGAAAACAUUGUUUAUUAAACCAGGCAAUGGUGGUGCAUGCCUUUAAUCCCAGCACUGGGGAGACAGCAGCAAGUGGAUCUCUGAGUUUGAGGACAGUCUAGUCUGUAUAGCAGUGAGUUCCAGGACAGCCAGGGUUACAUAGAGAGGCCCUGUCUGAAAAAAACAAAGGAAAGAAAGACAUUUAAAUGGGUGCCCAAGCUGCUGGUGUCAUAAAGAACACUGCACAGAGAUGUUCUUACAGUAUGGCUAGUAUUUUUAUUCUUCGCUUUCAGAAGUAGCAUUGAAGGCCCAAACUGAGUAGAUCAUGUAAGUUUUAGAAUUUACAUUUCUUUAAAUCUUCUUUAAAUUGAUGUGUUUUCAAAUGUUCCUGGGGUGAUGAAAAAGGUGAUGGUGAUGACAUCAUUAACUCCCAAUACUGUGACAGAUUGCUGUGGUCACAAGCCUCAUGAUUCUGGGCUUCUUCCUCCUAUAGCCACUGAGAAGCUUUAAUUGUCAGUAUUGUAUGGGUCAGGGGUCACCACUGGACUUUAGGCCCACAGGGCAUGCACCCAGCAGAAUCCAAAAACUGCAAUCUUGGUCAACAUUUCUUAAUACUUUGUAUGAUUUUUGUGCAAUUAUAAGUUCUAUUCAGGAAAAACGCUGUUACUCUUUAAACCCUAUUCAAUGGCAAUGGAUGUAUUGUUCCCCAACAAGGGGAAUGCAUCGUUACUGUCAUUUUUAAAUAUACUAUGAAACAAUGCA